UAUUGGUUAUUGUUUUGGUUUUCAUUUUUGUUGUGGGUUGUGGGUGUAUUUCAAGCAAAAAAAAAGUUAAAACAAUUAAAACAAAUCGAAAUUUUAUUUAAUGGCAAAGUCUCAUUUCAUUUGCUGAUCGCUUACACCAGUUCACCUAUAAAUCAUGAGUCAAAUUGUGGACAUAGAUGGUUCUCUACUAGAAGGCGGAGGACAAAUUUUGAGGAUCGCCCUCAGUUUGAGCUGCCUAAAACGCAUCCCCGUACGUAUUUUCAACAUAAGAGCGGGCAGAAGCAAACCUGGACUCAUGGCACAACAUCUCAAAGGCGUCGAACUUGUCCGGGACUUAUCCAACGCCAAGGUAGUUGGAGCCCACCUUGGAUCCACCGAGAUUAGUUUUUAUCCAGGUAAAAUUAAUGGGGGCUCUUUUAACGCAUUUAUAAGAACUGCUGGGAGCAUAAGCUUGCUAUUGCAAGUAGCUCUGCCUUGUGCUAUAUUUGCCAAGUCAGAUACAAUGCUUAGACUAGGAGGGGGCACUAAUGCUGAAAUGGCUCCACAAGUGGACUAUAUGACGGAAGUUUUUAGGCCGAUUUUAGAAAAAUUUGGAGCCACUUUUGAAUUUGAUUUAAUUAGACGAGGCUAUUUUCCUAAAGGCAAUGGAGAGGUUGUUGUUAAUGUCAAACCAAUAACCCAAUUGAAAAGUAUUCAAUUAACAGAUCCAGGAAAUAUCACGUCAAUAACAGGUUGGAGCUUUGUGGCUGGAACAUUACCUCAUUUUCUAUCUAAUAAAAUGGCAGAAAGUGCUCAAAAAUAUUUAUCAAAAACGUGUAGAAACAUAAACAUAGAGUCUUACAAGGAAGAUCACAAAGUAGCUCCAGAUAAUUGUUCAGGAAUAAUUCUUGUAGCCCAUACAAAUACAGAUUGUAUACUAGGCUCAGAUGCUUUAGGAAAAAGAAGCGAAACUAGUGAAGAGACUGGUGAAAGAGCUGCAGAAAGUUUAUUGAAGUCCAUAGAAAAUAAAGCUUGUGUGGAUGAUCAUAGUCAAGAUCAAAUAAUUGUGUAUAUGGCAUUAGCUUCAGGACCUUCCAGUGUACGAGUUGGAGAAAUUACUUUGCACACCAAAACUGCCAUUUUUGUGGCAGAAACUUUGGCUAAAGUGAAAUUUAAUAUUGAAUCAUUGCAAGAUGGUGCGAAUAUUAUACAUUGUACUGGAAGUUGAAAUUUGUUAUCUAAUAAUAAUAGAAAAAAAUGUGUGUGAAUGGUGUGAUAUUUUUACUUUUUUUUUGAAAACACAAUUUGUUUUAGCAUUAUGAUUUACAAUGUAUUUAUACCAAAGUCUCCAAACAGUGCUUCAAGCAUUGGUAUUGUAGGCUAGUUAACUUUAACAAUGCUGAACAGAUAAUAUAUCUUAUUGUAUCUAAACUAAGUAAAGUUUUAUUUAUCACAAUCCAAAAAAAAAAAAAUCAACAAAAAUUAUACAAUUUCACUAUAAAUAAAGUAUAUACCUAACAAAUAGAAUACAUUAAUUGUCUUAUUCUAUAAUAUAAAGUAGAUGUUUUUGAUAUUUGAUAAAUAAACAGAGUAGUUCACCAAAGAAAUAUUUCUUGGUGAGAAAAUUCUAUUUGGAAAUAUCUUAAUGUUAAAUUGUAAAAAAGAAAAUUCUAAUUAUUUCUAAUGCAAUAGGUAAUAUUACUAUGUAUUAAGACUUAAUUGUUAUUAAUAAUGGAUUACCAUUGAUAGUGGAUAUUGGAUAAUGGAGUGACAAAAUUCAAAUUAUUACUUCAAUAUUAUGCAAAGAAUAGAAAGAUUGGUUAUUAAUCGGGAGCAAUGAAUUCACAUUCGGUAGGUUUUGGACGCAUUUUGGGUUCGGAUUUAAUUUUUGUGGUCAAUUAUUGAUGUCUAUCAACUUAGCGAGACAACUUCGAAAAAUCGAUUUUCCAUUAUGCCAAGAAUUUGCCGCUUUUUUGCCGCUAAUUAAAUGUGGAAUUAAAAAAUUUGCCGCUCUUUUGGUUUUUUCUUAAUUACGUGUUUUGCUAACUUGACGUCAAGAUAGCGAGACAACAUCACUAAAUAUGUCAGCACUAAAAAACUAGGUACUUGAAAAUUUGCCGUUUUUUUGCCACUAAUUAGUUGUAAAAAUCAAAAAUUUGCCGGUUAUUUUUUUUUCAUAAAAAAUAAAGUUUGAAAAAAAAAACCAUUUGUUUCGCUAACUUGACGUCAAGUUAGCGAGACAUUAUCACCAAAAAUGUCGGUAGUGAAAAAUUGAGUGAAUGGAAAUUUGCCGUUAUUUUGCCGCUAAUUAGUUGUGAAAACCAAAAAUUUGCCGCUUUUUUUUACAAAAAAUCAAGUUUGAAACAAAAAAACAUGUGUUUCGCUAACUUGACGUCAAGUUAGCGAGACAAUAUCACUAAAAAUGUCGGUAGUGAUGAGUUGAGUGAAUGGAAAUUUGCCGUUUUUUUUGCCGCUAAUUAGAUGUGAAAACUAAAAAUAUGCCGCUACCUUUCUUUUCAUAAGAAAAUCGUGUUCGAAAAUAAAAUAGUGUUUUGCUAAUUUAACGUAAAGUUAGCGAGAUCACUAAAAAUUUCGGUAGUGAUAGAUUGAGUGAGUGGAAAUUUGCCGCUAAUUAUCUCUUUUUCUACAAGAAAAUAUCGCGUUUGAAAAAAAAAUAUCAUGUAUUUCGCUAACUUGACAUCAAGUUAGCAAAACAGUAAACAGUAUCAAUAAAAAUGUCGGUAGAAAAUUUUAUUCAUCUGUCAAGAAUGGUAUUCGAACCUCAGACAUUCGAACCAUAAACUGGGCUCUGUGUCAUUUGCGCGACAGUCGUUUGCGCGAGGGAGAAAAGCGCGAUACUAAACACGCGAGGGACAAAAGCGCGACGGAACAAAAACGCGACUGCAUAAAAGCGCGAGAAACAAAGGCACGAGCGAGAAAAGCGCGAGAAACAAAAGCGCGAGGGACAAAAGCGCGACGGAACAAAAACGCGAGGGAAAAAACGCGACGGAACAAAAACGCGACUGGAGUAAAGCACGAUUGGACAACAACGCGAGGUAUCUAACUAUCUACGAGGACUGUGAGGGACACAUCAAAUUGUAUCAAUAAUAUUCAGAAAAAUGCAGCCUUACUCAAACUAACCCAUACUAACCUGUUGCCC